AUGGGGCCCCAGCAUGGCACGGGGCCAGACCCACCCCCUCUUUGUCACUGGCCACAGACUGCGGGGGGAGGGGCUGGAGGAACUGGGGCACCUGCAUUUGGCCUGCAGGGAAUCUGGGUCCCGCUGGCUGUGGGUGACCACAGAGGGCCACGUGGGCAGGGUGCAUCCGUGGCCCCAGGCCAACCUCGUCAGAGUGGGAGGGGGAAGGUCCAGGAAGCCCCAGCCUGGACCAGGUACGGUGGGAACAGUCCACAUGGGAGGGGCCAGAACCGUCUAGAAGACCCUGGCGUACAGGUCUGCUGCAGCAGAGCCAGGAGGGCACGAGGGUGCCCACAUCCAGGGCAGAGGCACCAUGUGGUGCUCAGUCAGCGGUCAGGGUCAGGCCUGGUUGGUGGCACUGAGGACCCUGCAGGCUUGGCCCCACCUCCGGGAGCUGGGCUUCCUCCACAUGGCCACAGCAAAGGCAGGGACCAGAGGGGACAGAAGUGUGGGGGGCUGCACCCACCCUCUCCUUGCUGCUCCCCUCCCCCUUACCACCCCAUCCAACGAUGUCCACGCAGAUGGGAGGGUUGCGAGGGGCGUCCACACCUGGCCUGCAGUGGCUGCCCAGCUUCCUGCUAG